AUGGCAGUACCUACCUUUGCUUUAUUUUUUCAAUCUGUUAAGGACCAAGCGAAACCCUAUGAUUCGAAGAAGAAUUGUUGGAUUCCCGAUGCUGAAGAUGGUUAUGUGGCGGGUGAGAUCACAUCCACUAAGGGAGACCAGGUUACGGUCGUAACCGCACGUGGAAAUGAGGUCACCCUUAAGAAGGAGCUGGUGCAGGAGAUGAAUCCACCAAAGUUCGAGAAGACUGAAGAUAUGUCUAACUUAACGUUCCUUAACGACGCAUCUGUGCUGCAUAAUCUGAGGUCACGUUACUCAGCCAUGCUGAUUUAUACAUAUUCCGGUCUUUUCUGUGUAGUCAUUAACCCGUAUAAACGACUUCCCAUCUACACGGAAUCUGUGGCGAAGAUGUUUAUGGGUAAACGAAGAACAGAAAUGCCGCCUCACUUAUUUGCUGUAUCCGAUUUGGCCUACAGAAACAUGCUACAAGAUCACGAAAAUCAAUCUAUGCUCAUUACGGGCGAGUCCGGGGCAGGAAAAACUGAAAAUACUAAAAAGGUUAUCGCAUACUUCGCUACCGUAGGUGCUAGCCAACAAGAAGGUUCAGCUACUGAUGGUAAAAAGAAAGUCACACUUGAAGACCAAAUUGUACAGACCAAUCCUGUAUUAGAGGCAUUCGGUAACGCUAAGACCGUUCGGAAUAACAACUCCUCUCGAUUCGGGAAGUUUAUUCGAAUCCACUUCUCAAAGGCAGGACGUCUUGCCUCUUGUGACAUCGAGCACUAUCUGCUGGAAAAAUCCCGUGUCAUUCGUCAAGCACCUGGCGAGCGUUGUUACCACAUAUUCUACCAGAUUUUCUCUGAUCACAAACCGGAAUUGAAAAAGUCUUUGGAGCUCGACAAACCGCUCAAAGAUUAUUGGUUUGUUGCUCAAGCUGAAUUAACCAUUGACGGUGUCAACGACAAAGAGGAGUUCCAACUCACUGACGAGGCUUUCGAUAUUCUCAAUUUUUCUGCUCAGGAAAAAAUGGAUUGCUAUCGCUUGAUGGCUGCUCUCAUGCAUAUGGGUAAUAUGAAGUUCAAGCAGAGGCCUCGUGAGGAGCAAGCCGAACCAGAUGGUACCGACGAAGCAGAGAAGGCGUCUAGCAUGUACGGUGUCGGUUUCGAAGACUUCUUAAAGGCUUUGACGAAACCACGUGUAAAAGUGGGAACCGAGUGGGUAUCUAAAGGACAGAAUCUUGAGCAAGUCAACUGGGCAAUCGGGGCCAUGGCUAAAGGACUCUACGCUCGCGUAUUCCACUGGCUGGUUAAGAAGUGCAACUUAACACUUGAUCAGCAAGGAAUCAAUCGUGAUUUCUUCAUUGGUGUGUUGGAUAUA